GCGCGGUAUACGUACGUACGUAUCAAAACUGUAUUAAAAAGCUCCUGUGCAGUCUUCACAAACAUGGACUCGAUGGAGGAGCGGACUCUGAAACGCCUGAAAAUCUUUAAUCGGCAUUUAUCACUGCCUGUAGCAUGUUUAACUCAACAGCAAGCAUCUUCUGGCUCGUCACUUCAAGCAGUACUGUCAAAUGAAAUUCAGUAUGUCCUGAAGAACAGUAUUCUGACAGCAGAACAGGAGAAAUCAUACCAGGAUAAUGGCUUCUUGGUUAUCCCCAAGCUUGUACCUCAUCACAAAAUUGAUAUGUACAGGAAGGAGUUUGAUAAAAUCUGUGAAGGGCAAAAGAGACUACGUUCUAUGACAAUCAUGAAGGAUGUCGCCCUCAGAACAGCUAAUGGUGAAAGAGCAAUAAAUAAACUCCAAGACUUUCAAGACAAUGAAGUCUUAUUCUCAUACUGUUGUCUGCCAGAGAUAUUGCAAUAUGUAGAGUGUUUUACUGGACCUGAUAUCAUGGCAAUGCAUACAAUGCUUAUCAACAAACCCCCAGAUCCAGGAAGCAAGACCUCAAGACAUCCCAUGCAUCAGGAUCUACAUUACUUCCCAUUCCGUCCAGCCGAAAGCAUUGUGUGUUCCUGGACAGCCAUGGAGAAAGUACACAGACAGAACGGAUGUCUUGUGGUUGUUCCAGGAUCACACAAGGGACAGUUAAUGAGUCAUGAUUAUCCUAAAUGGGAGGGAGGUGUUAACAAGAUGUACCAUGGUAUAUUGGACUUUGAUGAAUCUGCUCCUAGGGUUCAUCUUGAGAUGGAGAAAGGUGAUACGGUCUUCUUUCAUCCUCUCUUGCUUCAUGGAUCUGGAGCUAAUAAAACAAAUGGAUUCAGGAAGGCAAUAUCCUGUCAUUAUGCAUCAUCAAACUGCCAUUACAUUGAUGUUGAAGGAACAACACAGGCCAAUAUGGCAAAUGAAGUUCAUGAGCUUGUGAAGAAGAGAUUGGGAGAAGAAGUAGAAGUAGAUAUCAAGGACAUAUGGUACAUCAAAGGAAGACUGGUUAAAGGAGAACGUAUCAGCUUGUGAACCAAGACAAGGUAUGAUCAACAACAAUGAAGAAUUUUCAUAGAGAUGUGAAGGCAUCACCUGUAAUUUUAGAUACUGGAUAUGACAGGAAAUAAACUGAUGGAGCAGCUAGGAAAACAAUAUUGCAUAAUACGUACAACUUGUCACUCCUCUAAUAUGCUUCGAAUUUUCAGGCCAGAAUCAGUGUUGUCAUACGUGAUUGGUUCAAAUCGCGGUUGGGGUCAAUGCUUAUUUUCAUUUAAAUGAUGUUUAAGAACGCAGAUUAUAUUAUGUAUAUUUAUGUAAUUUAUUUUGUCUUACUAUUAUCCUCAUCAUGGUGGAAAUUCUAUGGCUAUGUCAAGUCGCUCCAUGCAAAUAAAGAUUGGACAUUUUUCGAAGUUAAAAUAAUAGUCGAAUAUAACAACACUCAGAAAUAUAAAUCUAAAAAUGGUGCACCCAAUUUGACCCCACUUUCCCGUUAAAUGAAUAUUAUGAUGCGAAGCCAGCUGCAGAUUGUGAUUUUGCCUCUGAAAAAUUAAGUAUAAAUGGCACUCCCAGAACCACAUCAGCAAUCAGCGCUCUGAAACUGUGUUUGAAAAUGCUGAUUCUGUCUUAGCAAUGGAAGCAUAAACACACCCUAGUAUAUCUUAACAUUUCACAGUUUCAACUUUCCCAUCUACUUGUUAAACUUUGAUUGUUGACAUUCGAUAGUUAUUUUGAGUACUUUUUCAUUCAUUUCCUCUAAUUAAAAAAAAUACUUUCUCAUGUUGAUGAUUAAUGCUGGAUUAUAUUGCUUGGCAAUAUUUUGAUUAUGGAAAAUUAAUCACUAUUCAUUGACAAAAAUGCUGCUCUUUAUUGCUUUAAACUAACUCAGAAUCUUCUGAAGUUGGUACCCAAAUGCCCGCUUUUGAAGGACAAGCACUGAUGAAGACUUAUUUUCAUCCCCCCCUUUCCCUGUUCUCACAGAAUUGUAGCUCACAGACUCGGCGAUAUAUUAUGUUAUCAGCAGUAUUUUGCUGGCAAUAAUCAACUAAUCACAUAUCAACCAGCACUACUUGAUUAAUGUACGUACAUGAAACUUUGUAGAUUAUGUAUUCACUUUCAUUUUAAGCCUACUAUCAUUUGUCUGUGAGAAAAAAAAAUGCUUACUACGUUUGUGACUAUAUUCAUGCUUAUAUUACAGCACCAUUUCAUGUUAGGCCAAAAUUAAGUCAUUGUGUUCAGUUCAAAUUCAAAGUUUCAUCGUUUGAUGAUAAUAUAAAGUAGACAAAAUUACAUUGUUGAUUAUUGAAGUUAACUGUUUAUGCAUUCUACUACAAUGUGACAGAGUUAUGUUAUUCAGUUGCAAAUAUUUGAAGCAUUGUUGCUAUCUCAAAAAGACAUCAUCUUGGAGUGUAACUCUUAGUAAUAAAUCAAUUUCAUUAGGCGUACAUUUUCAAGCAAAACAUGUUAUUUACAUUAUAUUUGACAAACAAUGAAUCUAAUUGCUUUUCAGGUUUACUUUUAAGUCCUUACUUUGACUAAUUCAAACCAAUUUUCACAGUACUUUUUGACAAUGUUGAAUCAUGAUUCAUGAGUCAUUAUAAUAAUGAUAAUAAUAAUGUGACUUAUAAAGUGCCAAAUCCACUCUGUAGAGUGCUCAAGGCGCAUAAAGAGCGCAUAAAGGCGCAUAAAGAGCUAAGCGUUAAAUAAGAAAGUUUUUAGAAGAUUUUCGAAAGUUUCGACAGAGGUACAUUUUUUAUGUCUUCAGGAAGGCUAUUCCACAAAGUGGGGAAUGCAAAAGCAAAUGAUCUUUCCCCCCAGAUUUUUGAAACUUUUGGAAUAACAAGGAAGCCAGAAGUGGAUGAGCGCAAAGACCUGAUAUUAUGUUCAGAUAUGAUGAGACAAAUCAACCCUAUUUUACUUUUUUGCACAUUAUACACUUCCACACUUCAACCAUAACAUAAAAAACUAUGUCUACAAUUUUGUUUAGAUGGAAAAUUCAUACACUCGUCACUGUAGUGUGUUAACUAAGCAGAUUUUCAAUAAGUACAUAUAGGGUGCUUAAAUGUUGUUUUAUUGAAAGAAAAUAAAAUUCUUCAAAUGCUUUUGUAGAGCGACUUGACAAGAACUGUGACAAAUACCUUCGCAAUGUGGCAGUUAGUGUUUGAUCGAUUGCAGCUCUGAAUAUCAAUUUUUUGGUGAUUUUGAUAGGAGUUUGCACAAACUUAAUAUUGACCUUUAACCUUUUCUUUUGUUUUUACAAACUUAUCACAACUUUAAUGCACAAUGAGAAAACAGGUGAAUAUGCUGUGUGUAAUUUUGUUUAUGUGAAAUCAGUGCCAUGAAACCUGGGUGUGUUCUGCAUGAUGUUAGUGAUACAUGCUAACUUGCCACAAUAAUCAAUGUGACGAUGUGUAUUUUAUGGAAUGUAUAUUUCAGCUUUCAUGAUUUUUAUUAUUAUUGAGCUAUGAUGUUCAGAAAGUCUUAUUACUGAUUCAAAUAUGGAUUUUGAAUAAUUUGUAAAUACAUAUAUUAGCAAUAUUUUAAUGAAUAUAUUGAUAAUAAAAUUAUAUAUGAUCCAUUCAACUAAUA